CUUUCUUCAGUUGCCGCGGCAGUAAGGAACUCACAAUAACCCUCGGUCCUGCUUGCCAUCACAACCGCCGCUACUUGAAGACCAGACGCUGCCAAAAAUGCGCGAAGCGACGGAGGUGAAGACAUUGAGUGAAGCUGAUGCAACGAAGGAAAGGACUGAAGUGACUUGUUGGCCAGUAUCAGGUACUUCCCUUGGUUCCUUUCGUUUCACGUUUUCAGAGUCGUAUCUUCCGACAACCUACAAGUGCCCACGCUGGAAACCAAAACGUUCUCAAUGCCUUCCUAUACGCAUCAGAGAAAAUCAAUGUAUCCUCCUUUUCUCGACCCCUCCUUUGUCAGAGGCUGGCCGAAUGCACCCUCUGUGACUUACAGCCACCUUCCUCUGAUGUCACCUACGCCUCAAAAGUAGCCCGCCCAUUCCCGCUGGACCUUCGACAAACUCAGCGUCGAACUUGCACGGAGGAUAACUAACACGUUACGUCGCGGCCUGUUUCAACGAUAGAACCGAAAGGAGCAACGAGGAGACGAGGAGACGAACGAAGUGGUGUCGGAUAAGUUGAAGGCGAUGUUGGCUGAAUGUCGUUGAUUCUGGUUUCGGUCUGGAUGCUGAAGAUGUCGAGAUGAACGAUAUGCUAUUUCAAACUACACCACCUUGCCUAUACAUCGGAUCUUCCCCUCCACCAGAGCUCAUCAAUAACGAAAACGAUACGGACCUCAUUGAUUUGCCACCGCAGAUACCUCAGUCACUUCUCCGUUAAUCGCAUUUGCGAAAACUCCUGUUGUUAGUGGUGAACGUUGAAUCACCACCACUAGCAUCCCAACUGCUGAGGUCGCCCUCCAGUCAAUUACCUUUCACGCUCGACCAUCUCUUGACUGCUGCCGGUGGCAAACAACGGAACCUGCUGUCGCCCUGUCACCACGGACCCACUGCUCGUGCCCGAGCCAGCCUCGUUAUCUGACAUCCACUCGUAACGCCAGAAUCCUCAACAACUCUCCAUCCACUCCAGGGUUGGAUGGAGUAUGCCGGUUUCAUCUCCUCAGAGAUCAUCCAGGGCCUGAUUUGCCAGAUGCACCGCUUGCAGUAGAAAUACUUGUCAUUGAAAGACUUCGCAUCACGGAGGAGCUGGAAGAGGCUGAGGAAGUCACCAAAAGAUCCACGUGAGGGAAACGGUCAGGCGAAUGUAGUGGAGGGCGGGAACUAGAUAAAGGCCCAAGUAUGUUUGGAUGGGUGGAUGGAGUAACUGAGUCAGUUUGAGACGUCUGGACAACCGCUAUCUCUUCCUCCCCCCAGGUACAGCAACCUCCAAUUCGCAUUACUUCUAGAUGUACAUCGACAAGUCAUCCUUGUGUCGUCGGGAUCUACGAAAAACGCAAAGAAAGCCGUUUUUACUCGGAAACAUGAGAAAUCCCGUCGAGUCGCUUUGACUUUCCUCCAUUUACUUAUCGUCUUUCUCCUCUUCGAGUGGGCACGAAGCGCUCAAUACUGGGCGCGCGUUAUCAACCCCAUUCACUCGAGGAGUCAAGUAUCUCAGUUGUAGCGAUCCGAAUGGUUAUGCCUGGUCUGUCGGGCGGGUCGGAAAGUUACGGGUUCAAACGGUUUAUGGACGUGUUUUGUUCAAUAAUACCUGACCAUACAUUGACUGUGUGAGUACGUAGAUAGGAUAGAAAGCAAGGGCGUUUCCUUCCAUUAUCCAUAUGUGGAGCAAUGCCUUUCACGCUUGUGCCGGACGCGAUAUCUCCCUCAAGCAGUGUCGAGGCGAUGUUUGUCGUGAUAUAUCUACAGCACUCAAAUAUGUGCCUUCCACCGCCCUUCAUCCUCUACGACUACCACCUUCCCAUUCUUUCUCCGUCUGACACCUUCCCAGAACGUUUUUACCCCUCAAUACAGUGACUCGAAUCGUUCUACGAUGGAGGUCUUUACCGGUGCAUCUAAAGUCAAGAUCGGCAAGGGCAACUUCUCGAGUGUUGGAAAAAAUCAGUACAACUACUACACGACCCAUAACAACAUCGUUCAGACGCGAGGCAAGAACAAGAAGGUUAGCAGAGAUCUACCAGAACUUUCCGAGUACACCGAAAUCAAGCGGGGUGAUAUAUACAAGAGCAAGGAUGGAGUAUGUUAUUCGUGGAAUCUGCGUUCAAAUGGGAAGGACACGGAAAUGGCGGUCUAUACUGCAGAGCUCAACAUCACUGGGCCCUUUGGACAGAAGAAAUUCACUGUGAAGACGUAUCGCGGGCGAAAUGCAAUGAAGGAAUGGAGGCAUGAUUUUUCUCAAUGUUCAAAGGAUUGGCUCAGGGAUGUUCCACUUUUUGGGUACGACAGGUCGUCGGUUCCUUCGUUGAUAUUCAGUGGAGAGCUCGUACCUAUGGCACAUAUGGAAGGCGGACUGGGAGCGGUGGGGUUAUUCUAUAUUGACUUACUGAAAACUAGCUUGGGAUGUUCAAGGAACGAGCUGUGGAUGGAUCCUACGCAGGGAAGAUUUUAUCGUGGACCAAUUGGGCCAAAAUGUCGGGAUUGGCCGGAAGAAGACAUCAGCGUCAUAGUUCCUUCGGACGCGGAAUUCCUGAAAGAAGACGUCAUCAUUCGAUACUUUGUUAGCAAGGAAGACGAUAGGUUGCUUCUUUCUACGUUAGGUUAUAGUCGUCAUUAUGAGAUACUUGACGAUAUCCCAACCAGUCACACCCGCGUCAUUUCCAGUUUGACGAACUCGACGAUUGCGUUCUACCAGAAUGUACGGUGGCGGAGUUCGAAAGGCUGUCUUGGCUCAAGGCGAGCGAUACCAGCUGGAACAACAAGGUUCCGUCUCAGAGACGAUCAGCGCAAGAUAGAAGUAGAUUCUAUCACCGAAGUAGUCCCUUGGUUCGCACAAGCGUUGAGCGUUUUUCACGCUCACAACAUCUCAUAUGAUGAAGACCUUUCCAACUACAAGCUCGUCGAGCCUUGCCUCGAGCUCACAGGCACAAUUCAGAAAUCCAAACGCAAACGGCAACGACGCCAAUCACUCGACACACCCAUCUACUUCGUUAUCCUUCCUUCCCCUGAUCCCGUCUAUCAUUGGUCAUUGGACCCAGCCGGCCAAACACCGCUCACGCCAGACAUGUGCAAGUACCUCGGCCUUCCCUUCAAGCUCUCACUUCAAGCAACUUCCUUCCAAGAAUCUUGGCCAACCAAGAUCUACAAAGUCGUUCAUGACUACCAAAUUGUGAGGGGAUUUGACCCUGCAAGCACGGAUUUUGCACAAUCUUUGGGUUUUGUUGUAUAUGAUGUUGUUCCUGCCGAGAACCGCUUCGAGGAGAUAAUCGAAGAACUGCACGAGAUGGAACUUGUAGAAUCGGGAGAUUCACCAUUGCCAGCGGUCCGCGAUGACCUGGAACCGUUUCUCGGCUCGAACGUUCAUGCGGAUUCCACAGAAGAUCUCGAAGGACUAGAUGACUCUUUCUCGCUCGCUUUGCUCUUCUAUGAGAUUGAAGGAUCCUCAAACACGUCGUCGAGUGACGCUAGUCCCGCGCAAACAGUAAAUUCAGAGUACACUCAACAAGGGGGCAUGGUACCUUCGAUACUGGGCGCACUCUUUGGUUCGUUCACAUGGGAAGCGGUAGAGGGUUCGGGUAUUUCAGCAGCAGUUAUAUAGAUGCUGAAGGCUAUUGUAGUUCUCAGGGAAUGGUGCCAC